CCUGUCGUCGCGGGAACGGGAUUGGGAUCCGUCUGAGCCGCGUAGUCCGAUUCCAGGUCCAAAUCUUUCUUUUUUUUCCCGUAGUCUCCAGUCCAAAUUUCGCGGGACUACUUGUCGUUCUUGGAUUCGGACUCAUUUCCUACUCGAAUUAGAGCUGAGCUGAGGCCUCGGUAGGUGGGUUGAGCUUCCUAUUAUAUAUACAAGUGCUGCCUGCCCCUGUUCCUGCUAGGUUGAACUAAAGCUGUGCGGUUGAUAGCUGCGGAAGCGAUUCAUCAUUCAGAAGAUCCGAUUUUGCAAUUUCCCCAAUGGGGACGUGUAGCUUAGUGAGGAUGAUGAGCUUACUGCAGCUAGACUUGAGAAUGUUGCGUAUGCUGCUGGCCCUUUCUCCCCCUCCCAGUUCACACUGGAAAUUCAGAAAACACCCGCCAUUGAUGCUGAUGGAGACCGAGACCGUGGUGGAAAUAUUGCCAGAGCCGCCGCUGAUGGAGACCGAGACUGUGGUUGAAACACUGCUGGAGCUGCCGCUGGAUGUAUUGAUGGAUAUCUUUUCCCACCUGGAGCUUCCUGACCUCAUUCGUGCGAGCUCCGUGUGCUCCUUCUGGCGCUCUGCGUAUAGUAGUCUACAUAGCCAGCUUGGGCAAUAUAAACGGCCCCAGACACCUUGCCUCCUCUACGCCUCCGAAGCCGAUGGUGAGAACGUAGCUUGUCUCUACAGUCUUGCAGAAAAGAGGGUCUACAAGCUAACUCUUCCGGAUCCACCUAUCCGCAGUAGGCAUCUCAUUGGGUCCUCUAAUGGCUGGUUAGUUACUGCUGAUGAGAAGUCUGAGCUUCACCUUCUCAAUCCGAUCACUGGUCAACAGAUUGCCCUCCCCUCGGCGAUCACCAUUGAGCAAAUAGAGCCGAUCUUAGAUAGUGCCGGUGCAGUUAAUAAGAUUAAGAUGUGGGAUCUAGCGCCGAACGAUGAUCCAAAUGAGUUUUCUGACUGCCUCUACAUCAGGGCAUUUGUGUUUCCUGAUCCACCCAUGGGAAGCUACAUUGUGGUUAUCAUCCACAGUCCAGAGCAAUAUCUUUCGUUUUCAAGGGUAGGUGAUUAUAAAUGGACCUCGCUGCCGGGCGAGAACUAUGAACAAUGCAUCCACAUGGAUGGUCUAUUGUAUGCAUUCACAGAAAACGGAGGAGUUUACACUUUUGAUCUGACCGGUCCUACCUUCACAAGGAAUAUUAUUGCAGACGAGUUGCAGAAUUACAAGACGGAUGGGUACACGUACUUUGUUCAGGCUCCAUGGGGUGAUCUGUUGCAAGUUUGCAGAACAUUAGAUUUCACACCCGAAGUGUUCAUAAAGACCAAGAAAAUACUAUUUUAUAAAGUUGAUGUGGCAGCAAAAGAACUUGUGGAAAUGAAUGGCUUGCAUGAUCAUGUGCUGUUUCUUGGGCGUAGUCAGUCGCAAUGCCUUAGUACCGAGGAAUAUCCACAACUGAAGCCAAAUCGUGUUUAUUUCACGGACGACAUGACAUAUAUUUUGAAGUAUAAGAAUAAUGACCGGGAUAUAGGUAUUCUCAACUUGGAAAAUGACAAUAGGGAAGAUGUACCUAAGCUUUGGUGCAAUUGGCCAAAUCCCAUAUGGAUGACACCCAACCUCACAAGGAUUAACAUGGCUUUGGACAAAUAGUGAGUUUAUUACAAUUUUGUAGUUAGCUUCUCGGAUGCUAUUAGAAACUGUCCAAUAGAGCUUUUUGGACCAAAUUUCCAAAUUUUAUGGGCAAAUGCUAUGAAAACGGAGGCAUGUUCCGUUUAUAUUUUCUUCAUACCUGGUUUGCUAUAUUUUAAAUGGCUUUUAUUUUCCGAAUUGUCCAAUA